UAGGAACUCACAUUUUCAACUCAACCUCAAAGCAUCGUUUGGGGUAUUUAAGGGUGGUGAAAUGAAUAUAUAAUGCAUCUGAUGCAGCUGCUAUCGUAAGCACGCAUGCUUUGUACAUGCAAGAGUGAGGAAAAUUCCCGAAAAAAUUCAGUGGAGCCUAAAGAUUAGAAAGCGAUAACAAAAUCCGAUAAUGUCCGCUAUCAUCUACAAGCCUUCGGCAAGAUAUCAAGUUCCCGACUGGUUCCGUCACAACUGCAGUGUAGCGGACACCAGCAAUCGAGAGCUAACAGUAAGUCACGACACCAGACAGGGAACAAGCCAAACUUUAAACGAGGCGGAGAUUAAAACAAAAUGGGACUAUCACGACACGAACAACCGACUCUGCGACCGCAUUCGCGAUGUGGAGGGAUGGAAACUCGUGCUGGAGCGAACGUUAGCCGAGACGGAUGCCGAGAUCAAAGCCCUCUCAAAUGCAAAAACGGCAGCCGAAGAUGAGCUGGAACAACGUCACUUUGAUUUAGAGACGGGCCUGGAGACGUUGGCGUUACGGGAAGGCCGGCGAACAGUCGACAUUGUCAAGGAUGAAGUGGAAAUUCAGCUCAACGAGGAGAUUCAGGUGAUCAAAGACUACCGCAGUGAACUUCAGGAGCGCUGCAACCAGGCCUUUGAGCAGCUGAGUCGCCUCACAGAGGCGCGUCAGAAGCUGCAGAACGACAUCACCGACAAGUACAAGGCGCUGGACAUCGACGGCUUGUGCCUCUCGAUGACGCCGCAGAGCCCCAACAUCAGCUUCAAGCCGCACUGCAUGCGCAUGCCCAAGGACACGAUCUCCGUACAACAGUGGCAGGACAACUCGCGGCACAAUAAGGAGCGCGCCGACUACCAGAUGUGCCAGUCGCGUAAGCUGCGGGAUGCUAUCAUGGCGACGCUCGCGCAGGGCCGCAACCGGCUGGACGCCCACCACACGGCCGUGCAGUUCGCGCUGCGCCAGCGCCUGCACGAGAUGCACCAGACGCACGACGACCUCGUCUGGCAGCGCACCAAGCUGGAGCAGGAGAUGGCCACCGUCGAGGAGGACAUCCGUCGCCUGGAGGCGGCCAUCCGCGACAAGGACCCCUACCGCAAGCUGGCCGAGACGCGGCUCGAGUACCGCAUGGACCGGCCGAACAUGGAGCUGGCGUACGACCCGCCCUGGCACGGCCUGCGCGAGGAGCGCCUCAGCAUACAGGCCACGCAGGAGCUGCUUCAGGCGCGGCUGCAGCAGCUCUGGGACGCGCUGGACCGGCUCCGCCGCCAGCUGGCGCGCGUCAACGAGGACAUCUCGGUCAAGGCCAACUCGAUCCGGCUGGACCGGCUCAGCCUGGAGACGCACGGCCGGACACGGCCGCCGGCGCCGCCCAAGGACCGGAACUACCUGGACAAGGUGCUGCUGCUGCGGCCGGAGCGCACCAUCUGCGAGCGCGGCGUGCACUACCUACCGCGGCCGGAGCUGCUGCCCGGCUACCAGACCGAGCAGGACUGCUCGUACACAGCCGGCUGCUCGGGCAACAACUACCGCCGGCCCUGCCACAACGACCGCGUGCUCGGCUGCUGAGCGCCCCCGGCCGCGGCGAGAGGUCACGGCGCAAGGUCGCCGUGCAAGGAGUCACUGCGCAAGGUCACCGAGCAGUGUCGCCGGCCGACGCAGGGUGUGGAUUUUGGCUGGUAAAGUAUCCGUUGUCGAACGUUUUUUUUUCUUCUCGGAAAUACGCCAGUUGGUACCGUUUUGGUCCGAGUCUGUCGCCAAGUGCUCUGCCUUACAAAUCAAUACAACAACAAAAGACAAAGAAUAGCUGAGUAGAGGCAUUGCCGACGCUUCCAACACCACACUUAUAAGAAAGCGAUUAUUUCAAAAUGCAUCCUGAGCAUGGACAU